UAAAGAAGAAGAAAUCAAAGAAAAUCUAUAACAAAUCGAAUCCAUAAUGAAUUUUUGGACAAAUCCAACUCAUAAAUUGCAGAAUUUAACAAAACCCAUAUAGACAUAACUGGAAAGAGAAUUAAAAGGAAAAGGAAAAUAAAUAGUGAGAGAUGGAAAAUAUAAUCGAAAAUCCAAAAGAGGACUGAACAAGUCAACACGUAAUAAAGAAGAUAAAAAUUCCACACCUUCAAAAAAGUUAGAAAAGCAUCCUUCAAUCCCUUUCCCCUUCAAACUUCUUCACAACCACAACACCAAAUUCGCCGCCACAAAAAUGGAACAACAACCACCACCACCACUAAUCUACCACCUCCCUCAAGACACACUUCACCACAUCUUCUCCUCUUUACCCCUCCGUCAAAUCAUCAUCUGCCGUUCUCUUUCUAAAUUCUUCAACAACCUCCUCACCACUCCUUCCUUCGUCCACCAUAUCUCCACCACUCUUCCACCUCUCAACCUCCUCGCCCUCCGCCACCAUAACCACCACCACCACCACCACAACCACAAUCUCCACCUCUUCGAUCCUAACCUAAAUCAUUGGCUUCAUUUCCCUCUUAACUUCCUCCCUUUCAAUUCCCCUCUCCCCGUUGCUUCCUCUCAUGGACUCAUCUACCUUUGGGCCGAGCCCACUAAUAACGGCCCAAACUCCUCCCAAACACAAAUCCAAGCCCAAGCCCAAUCCACUAAAUCACUUCUCGCUUGUAACCCCCUAACCCGUCAAUUCCGUGUCCUUCCUCAUUUAGGUUCCGCUUGGUGUCGACAUGGAACCGUUUUAGUUGACUCAGUUAACCGAGUCAUGGUUCUAACCGAACUCGCUGCUUUAUAUUUCUCCGGCAACGACGAUGAUGAUAACCGUCGUUGCUGGCAAAAAUUCUCGUCCAACUUACCGUCCAAACCGCGGAGCCCAGUCCUCGUCGAGGACUCGGCUUUUGCCCUUUGUGACGUUGGAUCUCCUUGGAGGAGCCAAUGGAAGCUCUUCUCGUGUCGCGUAUCGGCAACCAGGUCUAUGACUUGGUCGCGGCUUGAGCGACAUGAGUGGGGAGAUGUUUUUGAUAUUUUGAAGCGGCCGCGGCUUGUUCGCGGAGUUGGGAACCGGAUUUUGAUGAUUGGUGGAUUGAAGUCUUCGUUUUCGUUGAACUCGCCUUGUUCGACGAUAUUGAUUUUGAGGCUUGAUCUUAGGAGUAUGGAUUGGGAUGAGGCGGGGAGAAUGCCGCCGGAGAUGUUUCGGUGUUUUCAGGAUGCUGGUAAGUUUAAGGUGUUUGGUGCUGGUGAUAGGGUUUGUUUCUCGGCGAAGAGGAUUGGAAAAUUGGCGCUUUGGGAUCGUUGUGCCGCGAAGGGAGAUGAGUGGCGGUGGAUCAAUAAUGUACCUGGAAAUGGCGAUGGACUUUACAGGGGAUUUGUUUUUGAAGGAAGGCUUGAUGCAUUGCCUUGAGGGUUUCAUUUAUGGGUUGAUAGUUGGACAUUUGGUUAUAUGGGUUGCUGGUAAUUCCAGUCGUAUAAAGUCAUUGCAUUUUCAUGUGGGAUUCUGCAGAAAUGUGUUGAUGGAUGGAGCUCUGAUACUGGUCCAGAGGUAAUAUUGCAGCCAUGGAAAAAGAGGUCAGUUUUUAUUAGAGGAAAGGUUCAUAAAGCAAGACCUGAUAUGCGUAAUUCUAUAUAGUUUUUAGAGAGAUAGCAAUUUACUCUGAAAAUCAAAUGAAUUUAUCACAAUUGAUUCACAUGUACUUGUGAAAGUUACUUUGUAUGAAUAGUUGAGUGAAUUUGGUGUAUUUAGCUCAUCAUAAUGGAUUAAGAGUAGCAUAACUUAUGCUAAUCUUUGAGGGAAAUCAUCUAUUGGUUCAAGCUUUCCACCACUUCUUUCAAUUUUGUGCCUAUGAGGUGUGAGCUCAGUGGCAAGAACUUGACUUUGUAACCUCAAGUGACAGAGUUCAAAUCUCAUGAGACAAUUGUAAAAUGGCCAUAAGUGUUACUGUUAUUAUUAAUAAUAACUUUCCAUUCUCCAUUUUCUUUUUAAAACAGGUUA